AAAAAAAAGACUAACGAGAUAAUCUAAGAGAGUAAAGAGGUUUAACGAGGGUAGUGUCUUUAACAGAGUCAAUGGUGAAAAAUCGAGCUCUGCAAGGGUUUUAUCUCUGGGUUUUCUGGGGAGCCUUCGUGAUUAAAUGGGGAAAUCCGUGGCCUGGAGUCCAUCAAUUUCAACGCCGAGAAUCGAGUUUUUCAUCUGCAAGUAAUGCAUUUCAUGAUCCUAUUGAGUUUGGUGGAGAAGAAGAAGGUUAUUUCGCUUCGACUUCAGGAAAAUUUGGGGCUUUUGUAACUUUCAACACUAGGGAUGCAAAGAACGAUUACACACUGUGUUCUGAGAUUGGGCCGGUAAACUCUUUUCUCCUUCUAGGGCAUCGUAUUCCCAGGUGGCUCGAAAUUGUAAUAUCCAAGUAUUGCUUCUGCGACCUAGCUAUGUUUGAUGAUUUGUGUUGCUGGGAUGAAGUUUCGAUGCGAUUGUCUUGCUUUUUGCGGACAAAACGGGUCUCAAGAGUUUUGUUUGAGGUUAGCAAAAUUAAUCUCGAUCUCCCUGGGUUCCCAAUUUCUUUUAGAAAUAAGAUAAAUUGGGUCUAUCUAAGAAUUGGGUUUUGGUUAGAAUCUUAUCAUCAAUCAGAUGAAGAUUUAGUGGGCAUUUCUGAAUACUCUAAGAAGAGGACUAUUUUUGGUGCUCCUAGCCCCGCAAAGAAAACAAGGCAUAUGAUAGAACUGAUGACUACCAGUGAGGACCAAGAACGGGGAUCAGUUUCAAACACAUCUAGGGAUUGAAGAGUUGAUUUUAUCUUCCAAAAAGCAAAAAUGUAAGAUCUUUGAAGCGUUUUCUUUUGUGUUUUGAUGAAAUUUUGGUUUUUUACUUCUCCAUUUGCGUUUUUUUUUCAUCUUUGUUUCAUUCAUUCUCUGUUGAAAAUUUGCUAUAUGCCCGUGAGGCUUUCUAUAUGAUAUUCUUUAGGGAUUCAAAUAAUUCAAUUGUUGAAUUUGUUGGAUGUUGGUUGGGUUUGAAGUUGUUAUCACUGACACUCUGUUUUGGGGCCUCGAAUUUUUUUCCGUCUUGAGCCUCCAAACUCACAGGGCCGGCCCUGCAUCACAGCCUCUCCUCAUUUUUCUCCAUUUUUUUUUCUUCCUCUAUUUUUGUCUCAUCACAGCCUCUCAUCAGCUUCCUCUAUUUUUUUUCUUCUUCUAUUUUACUUAUCUGCUGACUUUUCAAUUUCGCCGACAUAUAGUCGGUGCUUUGCAUCACAAUGAGAUCGCCGGAAUGGUAGAAUAUGUGCCGCUGGUGAACAUAGAUUUAGCCCCAAAGCAUGGACUAUUCUGGAGCUUACCUCUUCAACUGAAGAUUGAAGUAGAUCAUCUGCAGCUUCAUCCAAUUUAUUUUAUGGAUUUUGUUCAAUAUGAAAUAUCUAGCUAGCUAAUAGCUGAGAGAAAAAAAUCUAUUUAACUUAGUUAAUUAAGUUAAAUUAGUAGUGGUUCUAAUUAGCUUCACCAAAUUUGAUAACUUUGGAAUAUGUGAUAACUAUAAUUUUGACUAAAGAAAAAAGUAAUAACUAUUAAAAUAAACGGUCAAUUAUUAUGUUUAAUUA